GGUUGCCUGAAUAAAACAGAAAAGUACAACUGACUCCCAGCCUAAUCGUCUUUUCGUCGCAUUUUUGAGGAUGUUACAAAGCACAGGCACAGGUGGCCUGGGUACUGUAAAAAUGUUCCAGGCAUUGCGUACUCAGUCGAUGGUGUUAUCCAUUUAUUGUGUUGGUUCUGUAUGAUUAACAGAACCUAUGAAGGUAAACUUAAAUCAUAUGAGGUAAGAGCACUAUAAACUGAAAAACUACGAGAUUUCCUAUUGCAAAGUUCUUUUUUUAAGUGGUUAAAAUAUAUCGAUCAAGGUUAAAGUUAAAAGUGACUCCCAAGGAAGAAUUUUUAGGUUCAGAUCCCCCCCUCCUGCCCGGAUUUCCCGAGCCAUCACCCCCCCCUCCUGUGAGAAUUUCCAGUUUGCCAUCCAUCGGGGGGGUGGGUGUGUAUUUUUUCUGGAAUAACCCAAUUUGGGUGUGGUAAUAAACCAGAACAGGACAAAGAUGGCUAAGAUGCAUACUGGUAAUUAUUUACAAGCAAGAAACUUCAUAUUCAAAAUGUAACAUCUUUGGCGUAGCUCUCUGAGUAAAUCUCUCUGAUGUGCAACCCAAAUGUGUCUAUAGAAGUUGAAACAUCUACUUUAUUUGAAGACUGACUUGCUUUUUCCUCUUAGAUAUGAAUACCACUGGGCGGAUGGAACAACAAUCAAGAAACCAAUUAAAUGUUCAGCACCAAAAUACAUUGACUAUCUAAUGACUUGGGUACAGGAUCAGCUGGAUGAUGAGACACUAUUCCCAUCAAAAAUUGGUGUUCCAUUUCCAAAGAAUUUCCUGUCCAUUGCCAAGACAAUCCUGAAGCGUCUGUUCAGAGUAUAUGCUCACAUCUACCACCAGCACUUUCUCCAUAUUGUAGGACUUGGUGAGGAAGCGCAUCUCAACACCUCGUUUAAACACUUCAUGUUCUUUGUUCAAGAGUUCAGUCUGGUUGAUAAGCGAGAGCUUGCUCCACUUCAGGAACUUAUAGAAAAGCUCACAAACAAGGAUAAAGUUUAGCUGUCUCUAGUUCUAAACAUUCUAAUUACUAUGAUCUAGACCUUUUGUGUGUCGCUCUACAUGUACUUGCCAUUGCAUGAACACAUGUAACAAAUUUGGCUUGGUGUUUGACUAAGCCAAAUAUUGUCAUCUCUGUAGUCAUGAGCUUGUUUGGAGUUAUUUCAUGUUGCAGCAGAAGGCAAAGUACAUUCUUUUCUAACCAUGUUCUUCCCUGACAACAAGCAUCAAUGUAUUGCGUAUCAAACAAUUUAUUUCCUAAUUCAUUUGUUAUCACAACAUCAGUAAGUAGUAAGUAACAGCAGUUUCAUGUUGCAAAGGAAAAUUAGCUAAUGCAAAUUAAGUCUGUUUUGAUGAAAUUUUAAAGAUAUUCAAGAUAGCCUGUGGUCUUCACAGGGUCUAGACUGCAAAACAGCUGAAAUGCAAAAAAAGACUUUUGCAGUCUGCACAGUCACACUUAUGUCUAUAAACCUUUGAGAGAUUAAGGGCUUUUCAUCAAUGUUAUUGUUAACAAAACCAUGAAAAUUACAACAAGCUAUUGGUUGCAGAACUACUGUAAAUUGUAACAUUUGGGCCUGUAACAAAGAGCAAUUUAAAGGCUUUAUAUGCCGAUAGUAAGGGUGUUUUGUACUGUAAUACUGGUUGUGGUAAUUGUCAUUGUGGCCCUUAUUACGGUACAUUAUGCAGCAUUCUUUGUAAGAUACAUAAAAAACAAUUUUUUUAUCAGUUCCUAUCUGAAUAAAACUUGAUAAGAGAGUGUCAUGAGUAACUUCA